AUGGAUCCAGAAGCAAUUGAGAACACACUUUCGAGAGAGGCCCAGACGGCUGCAGGCCCAGAAUCCGUGGCGCACGAUGAAAAAACGGACGAGCUUGUCACGUCAUUGGAGACGGGUGUCGAUAAGGCGUAUUCGACGAUCCAGGACUCUACGCUCAGCGGAUUUACCAAGAUUUCUGGGAUUGUUGCGGAAAGACUGCCUGAGCUACAGAAGCAAUGGAAAGACGUCAAGUUGCCCCAGCUCUCGAACGUCAACGUCAACGUCAACGAGCUGACCAAAAACUUGAAGUUCGACGAGUACGUGAAGAAGGAGGACUUGGACUUGUUGAAACAACGCGGUGGCGAGCUCAUGUCCAAGGCAGGAGAGAACACUACUAAAGUUUUGGAUGAUCUAGACAGCGAUUUGGAGAAAAUUGAGAACCUCACGAUAAACUAUGCCCAACAACUCGGUGGCCAGAUAGGCACUUUCUUCAAGAGCCAAGUGGGCCAGGGUGCUGCCAGCCCUGCUGCAGAUGAGGGUGCAAAGCAAGUCUCUGCUGGUGCCUGGAACUGGUCCGGGUGGGGGAAGCAGUUGACCGGAUUAAUUGCUGGCGACUCUCCAGAAGCCGUUUUGUCGCAGGAGAAGAAGACGGAGCUGCUUUUCAGCUUGCCAAAGGGUAUCAGCGCAGGCACACGUGCAGAGAGCCAGGUCCACGAACUACAAAGCGACUCGUCCAUAUAUCUCAAGGCUGUGGAGAGUGGCGAGUUCGAAGACUACAAGGUGUCUGACGAACAGCACGCCGAGGCAAAGGAGCUUCUCAGCAACGACUCUCUUCACUUGAUGGCCGUGUACAAAAAGAUAUGCGACGCAAAGGAGUCGGAGGCGAAGCCACUGGCAAAAGAAGAGUCGGAUAAGGACGAGAAAACGGACACCGACAAGGACGCCGACAAGGGCACCAACAAGGUGGAGCAGAAAAAGAUCAGCGACGCAGACUUCUGGAAGGUGUAUUUCGGCAAAAAGGACCAGAUCAUGCAGGACGAGAAGAAGCGCAGAGAGCUUCUCGAGAAGAGCACAACCGUCGGUGAGGACGACGACGAGGAAGACUUUAACUGGGACGACGAGUAG